AUGGCGUCCGUCACUUCCUCCACCGCCGCCGUUCACCUGCGCGGGUCGGCGACGGCCAAGGACAACAAGGACUCGACAGGAUCCCAGCAAUCCGCAAGGGUACCUCCACCUGAUUCCUCUAUAGUGGAUCACUUCUUUUGGACAUAUACCGAGGAGCCGCAUCGAUCACGGCGUCAGGCUAUUAUCAAGGCCCAUCCAGAGGUUACCAAGCUAUGUGGCCCGGAACCUCUUACGAAAUAUCUUGUCCUCGCCGUCGUCUCCCUCCAGAUCACCUGUGCCUACCUGCUUCGAGACACGCCCAUGCUGUCAUGGAAAUUCCUCCUCACCGCGUAUGUGAUUGGCGCCACGGCGAACCAGAACCUCUUCCUGGCCAUCCAUGAAAUCUCCCACAAUUUGGCUUUCCGCUCCGCGUUGGCGAACCGGCUGCUGGCCAUCUUUGCCAACCUUCCAAUUGGUCUGCCGUACAGUGCUGCGUUUAGGCCAUACCACCUGACGCAUCAUAAAUCUCUUGGGGUGGCCGGACUCGACACGGACCUACCCACCGCGUUCGAAGCCUUCCUCCUCGACUCCCUGCUGGGCAAGGCCUUCUUUUGCACGUUUCAGAUCUUCUUCUAUGCUCUCCGGCCCAUGUUCAUCUACAGCCCGCCGUUUACGUACAUCCAUUUCUUGAACCUGAUUACGCAGUUCGCUUUCGACUAUGCUCUGGUUCGAUUCUGCGGAUCCGCUCAGCCGCUCUAUUACCUGCUCUGGAGCUCGUUCCUCGCAGGGUCUCUGCAUCCCUGCGCGGGCCAUUUCAUUGCUGAACACUACUUCUUCUCCCGGGUCAAGACCGGUGGGACCGAGUCGAUAGCGGAACUCAAGGCCAAAUCUGCCGGAGGCGAUCAGACCAACAACAAGUCUGCCAGUUCCGGCAGCCCUCUUGAUGAUUCUCUCGUCCCUCCCGAGACAUACUCCUACUACGGCCCGCUCAACAUCCUGACCUACAACGUCGGGCUGCACAACGAGCACCACGACUUCCCCGCCAUCCCAUGGACCCGUCUGCCGGAACUGCACCGCAUCGCGAGGGAGUUCUACGAGCCUCUCCCGUCCCACCGCAGCUGGAUCUGGGUGAUCUGGACGUUCAUCAUG